CAGAGUCUCAUACAGCAACGCCCUCUGUAGUUCGUUGUGAUCGUGAAUAAAGAAGGAACGUUGCAAUGCUACACGCUCUAGAGUAACUGGAAUUUGUGGAAUUUGUUGUUUUGGUUUCUUACACUUUCACUCUUCCAUCGUUUUCCCAUCAUCUCACAUAGAUACGUUUAUUCAUAAAUUUUUUUAUGUAAUUCUCACUCAGAUGAAUGAGCUGAAGCCGUUAAUUUCAGCUGGUACUCAGAUAAUUAUUACAUAUAGGUAUAGGUACCAACCAACACCACAUUUAUUAUUCUCAAAGUGGUCUAGCUGCUUUUGAAAUGCUUACAGCUGAGCACUGAAGUUCAUUAUAUUUAUUAGUUAGAGGUUUCUUCGAAAUAGUGGGUAUCGUAAUUUACUGAAUAUUUUCAAGAGAUAUUAUAUUAUUCCACGAAAUUAAUAGCCGUAUCCUGCUUCAUUAUUCUUUACUGACUUUGCAAAGUUACUUUUUAACAUUUCAUUGUAAACCUAUGUUUCCUUAUAAUAUAUUAAUAUUAUGCUAAUAUGAUCUAGAUAGUUGAUAAAUUGUGAUGUUUCUUUCAGUAUUUGAUACAUGUAAUGCAGCAAUAGCUAGCUAUGCAUCAACACAGACGUCGAAAAAAAAGGCCAAGUUAUGGUGUGAGAACUGUAGAAAUAUCAAGGGGGGAAAAUGGAUUUGGUUUCACUAUAUCAGGGCAAGCUCCUUGUAUACUUAGCUGUAUUAUUACUGGAAGUCCUGCUGAAAAAGCAGGGUUAAGACCUGGUGAUUUUUUAAUAGCUGUUAAUGGCCAAAAUGUAUCUAAAGCUCCCCACGAUGAUGUAGUGAGAUUGAUUGGAAGUUCUAGUGAUAUACUAAAGCUUCAGAUUGCUGAAAAUUAUUAUUCAGAUUCGUCCGAAGAAGAAUUUGUAUCAAUUGUUAAGCCAAGACCAAAAUAUCCAAAUAGAAUACGCAAUAGGCAGAAUAAUAGUGUUUCACGAGCUGAAAAAGUUGUUCAAGAUUUACAAACUGGAGCUCUAUUUGUAGAUCAUAUUCAGGGAAAUCUAAACGUUGUUCCUAAGCCUAAAUCCCAAGCUACAAAUCACUCUGGACCCAGUAAAUCAAAUAAAGUAUUAUUAGAUUUGAUCUUACAACAAAGGCUUCAAGAAGCUAAUAGACACUCUCCUCAAAGCUUCAUUUCUAAACCUCUAAAUGUUGCAUCAGUAUCUGAGAAAUCUAAACAGAAAUGUUUAAAAAAGAAAGAAAGUAAAGUAUUAAAGUCUCGUAGUGAUCCUGACACUUCAUCAAGCUCUACCAGUGAAGUAUUUCAUUCUAUUUUUACUGAACAAGAUUUAAAUAAUAUUCUUUAUCCGGCAAUCUAUGCGUCCCAAAAUGAACAGAAAGAUACACAAGAACAAGCUAUUUUAAACGCUGUUGUUGGUUAUUUAGGUACAAUUGAAAUGCCAAAAGAACCUCAGUUCCCUAAUUCUAGACGACAAACUAUACACAAUUGUAUAAGAAGACUUCGAAUUGAGAAAAAAGUCCAUACGUUGGUCCUGAUGUCAGUUUUUGCCAAUUGUAUUAUUCUAAUAAAUCCUCAAGGUAUUACUCUAGCAGAAUUUUCUGCUGAUAAAAUAACUUUCAGUGGUGUAUAUAGUGAUGAUAAAAAAUUCUUUGGUCUUGUUACAAGCCAUGGUGUUAAUAAUGACUUUCAAGAUGAACUAAAUACAUUAAGUAGUUCCUGUCAUGUAUUUAUGGUAGAUCCAAAAUUAGCUCCUCAUCAUCAACACAUAAAACAAGCCAAAGCUUUUCAUAUUACAUGCACUUCAGAUCCCAUGAUUAAUAAAUGUAAAGAAUUUCCUGAAUCUGCUGACAGUAUACUUCAAGCUGUAGUUGGAUUGUAUAGAAACAAAUUAGAUAUUAAUAAUGAUAUUCUACAUGGGUUAGAGUUUCAUGUAAAUAUGUCUCCCCAGUCAAGCAACACUAGUAGCAGUAAUAGUGACAGUGGAAUUGGUUUCCGAGAUGAAGGUAAGUAGUUUUUUUUUCUUCCU